CGUCGCUGCUUGGUGGGUUGUCCAGGUAACCGCGGGAGUAGUCUUGGUCAACGACCAUCCGAGACCUGCGUCACGCAGUUGAAGCACCUGAGGACCCUGCUGAGCCCUCAGGAUGGAGCUGCGAAGGUGAUUUGUAUGGCCUGGUCCCAGAACAACGCUAAAUAUGCUGUCUGCACAGUGGACCGAGUGGUAUUGCUGUACGAUGAGCAUGGGGAGCGGGAGAGACAAGUUCUCCACCAAGCCAGCUGACAUGAAGUGUGGCUGGAAGAGCUACAUGGUAAAGGGCAUGGCUUUCUCCCCUGAUUCCACUAAAAUUGCCAUCGGACAGACUGACAACAUCAUCUAUGCCUACAAGAUUGGAGAAGAUUGGGGUGACAAGAAGGUCAUCUGUAACAAGUUCAUCCAGACGGUAAAGUUCAGAGAGUGCUGUCACCUGUCUACAGUGGCCUGCAGAGUACAUUAUUGUCUUCGGACUGGCUGAAGGCAAGUUGCUCUGGGAAAGGCAUCCUCUCAGGUCACGCAGACGGCACCAUCGUCAGGUAUUUGUUCGAUGAUGAAGGCUCCGGAGGGUCACAGGGGAAGUUGGUUAACCACCCAUGCCCACCGUAUGCCUUGGCUUGCGCAACCAACAGCAUCGUGGCAGCAGGCUGUGAUCGGAGGAUUGUGGCCUAUGGAAAGGAAGGCCACGUGCUACAGACUUUUGACUACAGCCAUAAUCCUCAGGAACGUGAAUUCACCACAGCUGCAGCAAGUCCUGGAGGCCAGUCUGUCAUGCUAGGAAGCUACGACAGACUCCGGGUGUUCAACUGGAGUCCUCGAAGAAGCAUCUGGGAAGAGGCCAAGCCCAAGGAGAUUGCCAACUUAUACACCAUCACAGCCUUGGCCUGGAAGCGGGACGGCUCCCGGCUCUGUGCGGGCACCCUCUGUGGUGGGGUGGAACAGUUUGACUGCUGCCUCCGAAGGAGUAUUUACAAGAACAAGUUUGAGCUGACGUAUGUGGGACCCAGCCAGGUGAUAGUGAAGAACCUGUCUUCAGGGACCAGGGUGGUGCUCAAGUCCCACUAUGGCUAUGAGGUAGAAGAGGUGAAGAUCCUGGGGAAGGAACGGUACUUGGUGGCUCACACAUCGGACACACUGCUGCUCGGAGACUUGAACACCAAUCACCUCAGUGAGAUAGCCUUGCAGGGAUCUGGUGGCAAUGAGAAAUAUUUCUUUGAAAAUGAGAAUAGGACGAUCAAUGUCCGUUCCUCUCCCAGUCAGAGUUCCUAUUCUUCCACAUCCUCUCCAGGACUUGAAAUGCAUGUGGAUCUGAUUGGCAGCUACAACAUUGGUACUAUCAGUCACGAGAGCCAUGUGGAUUUGCUGGAACUUAAUGAGACUGGGCACAAGCUUCUCUUCAGGGAUCGGAAACUUCGUGUCCAGCUGCCCUUUGCCCCAUCCCACUGCCGCAGUGUGCUUCAGCCACACUUAGCUGAAGGCAUGGACACUGACUCGAGCAGUCUCUUGUCAGGGUGGCAUCUCCAAAGAGGUUCGCUUUUCUUGUGA